UCAUCUUUCAAUUUACCAUGGCGUCGACAAAAGACGUGGGCCACUUUGACCUUGAGGAGCGUGCCUCGUACAUCCAUUCGGCCACCAAGGGCGGCGCCGACUUUAACGAGCUCAAGUCGCCCGGUCAGCUCGAAGACGGCGGUGCGCUCGUGUCUGGCGGGGCCAUCUCGCUUGUGUCGCGCGAGGCCUUUGCACUCUUCUCGCAGUACUUUGCCAUCGGGAUUCUCUACGGCAUGCUACCCGCGAUGCAGUACCCCGUCUUCAACAACUAUCUGCACAUGGAAGGCUACCAAACGUCGGCGUACAGCGUCCUCGUCACGCUCGGCUGGUCAUUCAAGGUCUUCUUUGGCAUGCUCUCGGACUGCUUUCCCAUCUUUGGCUACCGCCGCAAGAGCUGGAUGCUCAUCGGGUGGACCGUCGCGACGAUCUGCCUCUGCGUCAUGACGUUCACGCCGUUCGGCGCGCCGUACUGCGACGGCCGCGAGAUCACGUGCCCAUCUGUGACCCCUCCGAUCGCCAACCUCACGCGCGACAACAAGCUGCAAUUCUACAACUUUGACGCGCCCAACGGCGGCACCAAGUUCAUCGUGCUCACGGUCCUUGUCGGUUUUGGCUACGUCAUGGCCGACUGCGCCGCCGACGCGAUGGUCGUCGAGUACGCCCAGCGCGAGCCGAUUGCGAUCCGCGGCCGGACCCAGACCGCGAUCUACACGAUCCGGUACGUAGGCACGAUGCUCGCGCAGCUUUGCGUCGCGUUCCUCCUCAACGGCAAGGUCUACGGCGGCUCGUUCGACUACGCGGUGACCCCGAAUGUCAUGUACGCCAUCUGCCUCGUGCCGUGCGCGCUCAUCAUGCUCAACACGAUUUUUGUGCUCGCCGAGGACAAGUCGUCGGGCAUUUCGUUCACCGAUUGGGUCGAAAGCUUCUGGGGCCUCCUCCAAAAACGCGUCAUGUGGCAGGUCGUCGCCUUCAAGUUCAUCAACCAAGUCUUUGCGUCCUUCUCUGCAACCCCGAGCUCGCCCAUCUCCAAGACAUGGGCGGGCGUCGAGCCGCUCAACGACUCGCUCUCAGGCGUCUUUGGCUCGCUCAUCACGUCCGUCAUCAUGGUUGCGAUCGGCAAAUGGGGCCUCAACUGGAACUGGCGCUGGCUCAUUGCACUCGGGUCUAUCGGCAUCGUUGUCAUCGAUGCCUUUGUCGUCUUCGUCACGAUCUGGGACAUCAUCCGCAAUCAGUGGUUCUUUAACGGCGUCGCGCUUGCCGAGAACGUUCCGUCGAGCGUCCGCUUCAUUGUGGCCACGUACUGCGCCGUCGAGAUUGCCGAUGUUGGCAACGAGGGUGCCACGUAUGGCCUUGUGAGCACGGUCGGCAACCUCGCGUCGCCGUUCGCCUCUGUCUUUUACAAGUACGUCGACUCGUUUUUUGACGUGUCCCAAGCCAGUAUUGCCCGCGACGACAACCACGUCCGCUGGGAAGUCACGUACACGUACCUCAUUGCGUAUGCGUUCAAGAUUGCUGCGCUGGGCUGGCUCUUUCUCCUCCCGCCGCAGAAGGCCGAGAUGCAGGCACUCAAGAAGCGCGGCGAGACGAGCAAGCUCGCAGGUGCCAUCUUGGUGGUCGUCUUCUUCCUCGCUCUCGCCUUUUCCGUGACGACCAACUUUAUGUCGAUUUACCCGUCGACCAAGUGCUACCGCAUUGCCGGUGGGAAGGGGACGGUCAACGGGUCGUGCCCCAAGUAAGAGAUUUUUCGAGAGUCGACAAUGUUACGCCUGUAUAAAGUAGUUUGUGUCUUUCGAUGGUGUUGCCGG